AUCAUGUGGGAAUAUUAUAGCAACAAGAAUAUCCUCCUGACGGGUGGCUCGGGAUUUUUGGGUACUGCCGUUAUACAUCGUUUGGUCUCCGAGGCGCACCCCCGACGCAUUUAUAUUCUAUGUCGGAACGGUGAGAGUCAGCUUUUACGCCGGUGGUACAGAGUUUUUUCAGCGUGUGAGAUCAAUCAUCUAUUGGCUUCGGAAAUCCUCACCGUCCUUGAGGGUGACAUUCAGAAGCCGAGGCUUGGGCUCACUCCUCAGAUGCUGACGACACUUGAGAGGGAGGUUGAUAUCAUCAUUCAUACAGCAUCAACUAUAAAUCUCAAAUACUCGCUAGUUCAGGUAUUUGACACUAUAAUUUCUCCCACCGAGUCACUGGCUCGAAUGGCGUUGCUCUUUGAAAAGCUCGAUCGGUUUGUUUACGUUUCGACCGCCUUUGCCAACUCUCAUCUCUACAAACUUGACACUGCCUCUGAGACGGAAGUGGAUGAAAAAGUUUACCCUCUUUUUGGAAGCUCCAAUAUGGCGGAAGAUGUGGGUACGCAGCGCGCCUUCGAAGAAAUCAAGCAACAUGGUAGCACAGCUGAGUUUCGGCUUCACGACUUUCCUUGGCCAUAUGCAUACGCCAAACACCUUGCAGAGCGGCUAGUAUUGGACCUUUUUACGAACGCGGGACAGACAGAAAAAGUCCUAAUUAUACGCCCCUCUGUGAUCGGACCGGCUGAACGAUAUCCCUAUCCUGGCUAUAGCGUUCCACUCUCAACACCGUCAACAGCUCUUGCAGCUGCGAUGAUUGCAACCCCCGCAUUUAGCAUCCUUGUUCCUACAAGAUGUCGCAAUCCAGAAAUAGGAGCUACCAUUGAUGAAGUUCCCGUCGAUGUUGUAGUUGAUAGACUACUUGCCCAUCUGGCUUACCAAACAACCGGCUGUGUGCAUGCAGUUGCCGGUGAGAGAGGACGCCUGAAUUUUAGACAGUUCUGGAAAGCCGCGAUGCGUUUGCGACGACUUCCAUGGAAUUGGACUGUGGUCUGGUCAUCUACGACUGAUUGGCAUUCUCCCUGGCUCCAUCCCGUGCUGCGUCUAUACGUGAUCUUAGGAACCACAUUCUUGUUUACCGAACGGAAGACGGAGGAGCUCUGCAAGCUACUGCAUCCCAAUGAGCGUGAUAACCUGGCUCUGUUCAAAAUUGCAGCACCUGAUUCAUACGAAUUGAUGUCAAGGAGGGAGCAUAUACGUCUUUUGAUCAAGAUGUUCGCCAGGACCACAUUUUGGCCAGCCUGGCUUCUAGUACGCCUAUGUCGUUGA